GCCCCAUUAGCAGAGAUCUUAGAAUAAUUGUAAUUUUUUACUGCUGUUUACGUUUACCAACCAACUAGAACCAGCCCUGCCCGAGAGAACGUAUAACGUUGAUUUACGUUCUCUACUGCCUAUGAAAGAAAAUCUGUGCAAUAAAAUCACGUGCAAAGAAAAUGGAAGUGAGCAAAUUUAAUCAUUCUAUUAAAGUACCUACGCAAUAUAAGCGAGUGGCUGCAGUUUUGAAAGCAGCUUUAGAACGAAAAAAAUCAUUAAAAUCGUUAAUUUUUGAAGAGAAACAUGCGCGAAUGCGAGGAAUGCAAGCAGUGUUGAAACAGUAUAUUGACAAUCGAGGUGCCAUUGACAACGCAAUCGCUCGAACAAAAAUUUUGGAGGAUAAUCCACCUUUGUGCUCUGCACUUUGCAGGAUUCUUGUGACCGAACUUAUUUUUGGGCGCAAAAAACUAACUGGAGAAAGUAAGCCCGUUCUUACGGUUCUCAAUUACCACGAACAAUUUUUAGAACUAUUGAGUAAAGCAGUCUGUGACAGCAAAGAAACUAAAGUUUCAAAACCUCGAUAUGUACGUGUUAAUACUAAUUUACUUAGUUUGGCUGAUGUUUUCCAAAUGUUGGAGGCAGAAAAGUGGCGCAAGAAAGAAAUGGUUCAUUCAGGAUCUUAUAACGAUUUCUUAGACUCUGUAACCAAGCUUGAAGAGGAUGAAUAUCUGGUUGACAUGCAUCUAGAUGACCUUUUAAUAUUUCAUUCCAAACAGAGGCAUUACUGGGCAUGCCAUCCAUAUGUUAAAGAAAAAAAGCUCAUGCUUCAAGACAAAGGGACCUGCUUGGUAGCAGACCUACUCCAUCCAUUGCCCGGUGCGUUUGUACUUGACAUGUGUGCAGCCCCAGGGAUGAAAACGAUACAAAUAUGCAAUGUAAUGCAAAAUAAAGGUACUAUUUAUGCUGUGGAGCAGAAUGCAGAACGCUACUUCUUGUUACGUAAAAUGACUGAAUCAGCUGGAUGUGAAAUAAUCAAAUCUAUAAACGCAGAUGCUCUAACAAUAGAUAGCAACCGUUGUCCCACUGUGGAAUACAUACUUGUUGAUCCGUCUUGCUCUGGAUCUGGAAUGCAAAACAGGAUGUCGUUAGAGCCAGAUGAAAAAGACCCUGACCGUCUUAGGCGUCUUGCCGGAUUACAAAUAAAAAUGCUUUCCCAUGCUUUAAACUCAUUUCCCAAUGUGAAACGGGUAGUUUACUCUACGUGCUCCCUUUUUGAAGAAGAAAACGAACAGGUGGUUCAACGUUGUUUAAGUUUAAAUCCUCAAUUUAAAUUACUUAAUUGCAAGAAAGCUUUGCGUAAUAAAUGGAAUAAUGUUGGUAAUGUCAAUUACAAGAAUGUGGGUAAAUAUUGUCUUUACACUCGCCCAGACCAGGAUCAUGCUGAUGGAAUAUUUAUAGCGUUAUUUGAAAAGCGGCGCCGAAGUGAAGAAUCUGACUGAUAUAAACACUUAUGUUUAUUUGAAAUAAUAAUAAAUUUUUUUAUAUUAAUAUGUUUAUAUUCUUGGAUUACACAAAAGUGGGAACAACUGCAUAAUACAAACCGUUAAGGUAAAAUAAAAUGAAGUAGUUUCCUAAUUGUAAUGAAUUUGAUGUUUUCUUAUGAGCCUUUAUUUCAUGUCAGAAAAUACACUAGGAUGGGUUGGCAUUCUCUGCCGUUUACACGUUAACAUAGUCCAGCGAAUUAAGAGUUAAUUUGAUUAAAUCGCGCCAGCGGUGCCUACGCCAUAGCAAUAAGCGAUGCUUAGAACCAAUGUGGAAAUUUAUAUGCAAAAAUCUCUGCAUUGGUUUCAAAAUGUUCCAUUGUGACCAAUAAGUUGGAACUAUCUUAGUAGCCGAGAAUAGGCCCAUCCCAUUACACCAGGAGGGAGAAACCCGAUUACAAAAACCUUAUUACAGCAAAAUAUCUUCGAUCGCCUUUAAAAAAAAAGUUAGAUAUAAUUGCGAAGGUCUGAUACAUAGAAUACAUAUAAAUUUUAGAAAGAU